AGAGGCGUAGACAUCACGUAAUACUCACUCGGGUCCAGACUGAAGCCUGUACCACUGCCUGCGAAGGAACUGAACAGACGGAUAAGCUGCCUGAGUCGGUUACAUUCUCCUCCCUUUCACAUUUGAAGCAGGAACCGUCCUUAAAGAUAUCAACAUGCGCGAAAUUGUUCACCUGCAAGCCGGACAAUGCGGAAAUCAGAUUGGAGCGAAGUUCUGGGAGGUGAUCAGCGAUGAGCACGGCAUUGACCCAACAGGCUCCUACCAUGGAGACAGUGAUCUGCAGCUGGACCGAAUCAGCGUAUACUACAACGAGGCCUCAGGGGGAAAAUAUGUGCCAAGGGCCGUCCUGGUGGAUCUGGAGCCCGGCACCAUGGACUCGGUUCGCUCCGGACCCUUCGGACAGAUCUUCAGACCCGACAACUUCGUCUUUGGCCAGAGUGGAGCAGGAAACAACUGGGCUAAGGGCCACUACACGGAGGGGGCCGAGCUGGUGGACUCGGUCAUGGACGUGGUGAGGAAGGAGGCGGAGAGCUGCGACUGCCUGCAGGGCUUCCAGCUCACCCACUCCCUGGGCGGCGGCACCGGCUCCGGCAUGGGCACCCUGCUCAUCAGCAAGAUCCGUGAGGAGUACCCCGACCGCAUCAUGAACACCUUCAGUGUGGUGCCCUCUCCCAAGGUGUCAGACACAGUGGUGGAGCCCUACAACGCCACCCUCUCCGUCCACCAGUUGGUGGAGAACACAGACGAGACCUACUGCAUCGACAACGAAGCUCUGUACGACAUCUGCUUCCGCACGCUCAAGCUGACCACGCCCACCUACGGCGACCUCAACCACCUGGUGUCGGCCACCAUGAGCGGCGUCACCACCUGCCUCCGCUUCCCCGGCCAGCUCAACGCCGACCUCCGCAAGCUGGCCGUCAACAUGGUGCCCUUCCCCCGCCUCCACUUCUUCAUGCCGGGCUUCGCCCCGCUCACCAGCAGGGGGAGCCAGCAGUACCGCGCCCUGUCCGUGCCCGAGCUCACGCAGCAGAUGUUCGACGCCAAGAACAUGAUGGCGGCGUGCGACCCGCGCCACGGGCGCUACCUGACGGUGGCCGCCGUGUUCCGCGGCCGCAUGUCCAUGAAGGAGGUGGACGAGCAGAUGCUCAACGUGCAGAACAAGAACAGCAGCUACUUCGUGGAAUGGAUCCCCAACAACGUGAAGACGGCCGUGUGCGACAUCCCGCCACGCGGCCUGAAGAUGUCCGCCACCUUCAUCGGCAACAGCACCGCCAUCCAGGAGCUGUUCAAGCGCAUCUCCGAGCAGUUCACCGCCAUGUUCCGCCGCAAGGCCUUCCUCCACUGGUACACCGGCGAGGGCAUGGACGAGAUGGAGUUCACCGAGGCGGAGAGCAACAUGAACGACCUGGUGUCCGAGUACCAGCAGUACCAGGACGCCACCGCAGAGGAGGGGGAGUUUGAGGAGGAGGGAGAGGAGGAAGCGGCCUAAUGUGGACGUUCUCUGCCCAAUGUCUCUGCUCGUCUGUACUCUAAGUCCCGUUUCCCUCUAGCCGUCCAUCUUCUCCAUCCCUCUGCCGAUCUGUUCGGCUCUUCCUCCUGACCCCCAUCAGCCUCUCUUCCUCCUCCUUGACCUGUUCCCUUUCUCCUCUCUCUGUACGCACCACUGCCCUUCACUGGCCUGCUAGUCAAGAGAAGGGCUCACAACAUUCACUUUUCCCGAUCUCUGUCGAGUCGUUUAGAGGUAGAUUUAACACACCAGAAGUGGUGCUUGUGGUUGAUAGGCACUAGAUUAUUUUUUGUCAUCCCAUUCAUUACAACAUACUUAAUUCAGAUACUUCUUUGGUCCCGAUAUUACUUCUUACUAAGUUGGCGAUAAGACGAUUGCCAUUGGUUCAAAUAAAGUUGUGGAGUUAA